AUGGUCACGUCAAACUACGUGAUUGAAAUCUCAGAAACGGCCAUAAUUGUUUCCAUCUGGGACGAGUUCCACGUCGAGGCAGCCAAGUUCUCCGGCGAGAUGGUCCUCGCUAAAUACGGUGGCUUCGUCAUUGAGAUUGGCGGCGACAUCAAGCUGGCCACGGAUGACAAUAUGACUCGUGAGGUGGCUCAAAAUUUCGAACCCCUUCCACCAUUGAGCGACGACGAGGAAGUAUUGGGGGAGAGGACACCUCAACCGAAUAGCAGGUCGCUUGAAAAGAGAAUGUGCUCGCAUCCGGGUUUCUUCGAUUCGUCAAUAUGUCCCACCUAUACCGACUAUCACGCCUGUACUGGUGCAACGCACAACAAGCGCAGGCGACGCAUUUGA